ACGUCACCACUUCCUAGCUGGUUUCAGGAAGUUCCACGUCACAUUUAGUUGUCCAUUGGAAAAAAUCGGGGGUACGACUGCCGAAAGCAGACGAAUGUGAUUAUACACCAUUUUGACUGAAAGGAGACGAGCAUUGCAAAGGAAUCAUGCCUCUCCGGCUGGACAUCAAGCGCAAGCUAACGGCCCGGUCAGACCGCGUCAAGAGCGUUGACCUACACCCGACUGAACCAUGGAUGUUGGCGAGCCUUUACAAUGGCAGCGUGUGCGUCUGGAACCACGAAACACAAACCCUGGUGAAGACCUUUGAGGUCUGUGAUUUACCUGUGCGAGCAUCCAAGUUUGUUGCCAGGAAAAACUGGGUCAUUACUGGGGCAGAUGACAUGCAAAUUCGUGUAUUUAACUACAACACACUGGAGCGUGUUCACAUGUUUGAGGCACACUCUGACUACAUCCGCUGCAUCGCUGUCCACCCCACACAGCCUUACAUCCUCACUAGCAGCGAUGACAUGCUCAUCAAGCUCUGGGACUGGGAUAAGAAGUGGACGUGCAGUCAGGUGUUUGAGGGCCACACACAUUACGUCAUGCAGAUCGUCAUCAACCCGAAAGACAACAACCAGUUUGCCAGUGCUUCCCUGGAUAGAACCAUUAAGGUAUGGCAGCUGGGCUCCAACUCCCCUAACUUCACGCUGGAGGGCCACGAGAAAGGAGUGAACUGCAUAGACUACUACAGCGGAGGAGACAAGCCCUACCUGAUAUCAGGGGCAGACGACAGACUGGUGAAGAUCUGGGACUACCAGAAUAAGACCUGUGUGCAGACUUUGGAGGGCCAUGCUCAGAACGUGUCCUGUGUGAGCUUCCACCCAGAGCUGCCCAUCAUCAUCACAGGCUCAGAGGAUGGCACGGUGCGUAUCUGGCAUUCCAGUACGUACCGCCUGGAGAGCACGCUGAACUAUGGCAUGGAGCGUGUGUGGUGCGUGUGCGGCCUGCGUGGCUCCAACAACGUGGCCUUGGGCUAUGAUGAAGGCAGCAUCAUCAUCAAGCUGGGUCGUGAGGAGCCAGCCAUGUCCAUGGACACCAAUGGAAAGAUUAUCUGGGCCAAACACUCGGAGGUGCAGCAGGCCAACCUGAAGGCCAUGGGGGACACGGAGAUUAAGGACGGCGAGAGACUUCCUCUGGCUGUCAAAGACAUGGGCAGCUGUGAGAUCUACCCUCAGACCAUCCAGCACAACCCCAACGGCAGGUUUGUUGUGGUGUGUGGAGACGGAGAGUACAUCAUCUACACAGCCAUGGCUCUGAGGAACAAGAGCUUCGGGUCAGCACAGGAGUUUGUCUGGGCCCACGACUCCUCAGAGUAUGCCAUCAGGGAGUCCAGCAGUGUGGUAAAAAUCUUCAAGAAUUUCAAGGAGAAGAAAUCUUUUAAGCCUGACUUUGGUGCAGAAGGUAUUUAUGGUGGUUUCCUGCUGGGCGUCCGUUCUGUGAAUGGCUUGGCCUUCUAUGACUGGGAAAACACAGAGCUGAUUCGGCGCAUUGAGAUCCAGCCUAAACAUAUCUUCUGGUCCGACUCUGGAGAGCUGGUGUGCAUCGCCACAGAGGAGUCCUUCUUCAUCCUACGCUACCUGUCCGAGAAGGUGGCCACCUCCCAGGAGACGAACGAGGGAGUGACCGAGGACGGCAUUGAGGACGCUUUUGAGGUCCUGGGGGAGAUUCAGGAGAUUGUGAAGACAGGCCUGUGGGUGGGAGAUUGCUUCAUCUACACCAGCUCUGUCAACAGACUCAACUACUAUGUUGGAGGAGAGAUCGUCACCAUCGCUCACCUGGACAGGACCAUGUACUUGCUGGGCUACAUCCCUAAGGAUGACCGACUGUACUUGGGCGAUAAAGAGCUGAACAUCGUCAGCUAUUCAUUGUUGGUGUCAGUUUUGGAGUACCAAACGGCAGUCAUGCGCAGAGACUUCAGCAUGGCCGACAAGGUCCUACCCACAAUCCCCAAAGAACAGAGGACCCGCGUGGCCCACUUCCUGGAGAAACAGGGCUUCAAGCAGCAGGCUCUGGCCGUGUCCACUGACCCAGAGCACAGGUUUGAGCUGGCCCUGCAGCUGGGAGAGCUCAAGAUCGCCUAUCAGCUGGCUGUGGAGGCCGAGUCGGAGCAGAAGUGGAAGCAGCUGGCAGAGCUGGCCAUCAGCAAGUGCCAGUUUGGUUUGGCGCAGGAGUGCCUCCACCACGCCCAGGACUACGGGGGCCUGCUGCUGCUAGCCACCGCCUCGGGCAACGCUGCCAUGGUGGGCAAGCUGGCCGAGGGAGCGGAACGCGACGGCAAAAACAACGUGGCAUUCAUGACCUACUUCCUGCAGGGGAAACUGGACCACUGCCUGGAGCUCCUCAUCAGAACCAACCGCCUACCUGAGGCGGCCUUCCUCGCCCGUACUUACCUGCCCAGCCAGGUGUCCAGGGUGGUGAAACUGUGGAGGGAGUCUCUGUCUAAGGUGAACCAGAAGGCAGCAGAGUCUCUGGCCGACCCUACUGAGUAUGAGAACCUGUUCCCUGGCCUGAAGGAGGCCUUCGUGGCUGAGCAGUUCCUCCGGGAGACCAGCCAGGGCAAGACCCGGCCGGCCACCGACUACCCGCUGGUCACGCCCAACGAGGAGAGGAAUGUUUUAGAAGAGGCGCGAGGCUACGAGCCCAAAGAAGUCCCUGCACCUGUUGAGCCCAACGAGGAGAGGAAUGUUCUAGAAGAGGUUGGAGGCCACGAGCCCAAAGAAGUCCCUGCACCUGCCGAGCCCAUCGAGGAGAAGAAUAUUGUAGAAGAGGCACGAGGCCACGAGCCCAAAGAAGUCCCUGCACCUGCCGAGCAGGUGUCUGUGCAGCAGACGGAACCCCUGGAGGCUGAGCCAGUGGCAGAGGCCCCGUUAGUAGAGGUCCCGGCGGUACAGGCCCCGGUGGUAGAGGCCCCGGCAGUGGGAGCCAGCAUGUUUGCAUCAGUGAUGGCAGCAGUAGCGGCCCCUGUGGCGGCAGCAGUGGCCGCCGUGAGCGCCCCUACACCUGAGCCAGCCGCUGAGGAAGAGGCAGCAGAGGAGGAAGAGGAGGAAGCGGCGGAAGCCAGCAUGUUUGCAUCAGUGAUGGCAGCAGUAGCGGCCCCUGUGGCGGCAGCAGUGGCCGCUGUGAGCGCCCCUACACCUGAGCCAGCCGCUGAAGAAGAGGAGGAAGCAGUGGUGGAAGUACCUGUUGAAGAGGUGGCAGCACCUGUUAAAGAAGUGGCGCCUACUGAAGAGGAAGUAGCGUCUGCUGAAAAGGACGUUGCGCCUGCUGAAAAGGACGUUGCGCCUACUAAAGAGGAAGUGGCGCCUGUUGAAGAGGAAGUGGCGCCUGUUGAAGAGGAAGUGGCGCCUGUUGAAGAGGAAGUGGCGCCUGUUGAAGAGGAAGUGGCGCCUGUUGUAGUGGAAGUGGCGCCUGUUGAAGAGGAAGUGGCGCCUGUUGAAGAGGAAGUGGCGCCUGUUGUAGCGGAAGUGGCGCCUGUGGUAGACAUAGUGGCACCUGUGGUAGACGUAGUGGCACCUGUGGUAGAGGUAGUGGCACCUGUAGAUGGGGUGGUGGCACCAGAGGAAGAGAAGACCCCCACAGCAGCAGCAGCAACAGCAGCAGCAGCAGCAGCAGACGACCUAGAGGACGACGAGAUCCUGGAUGAGCUGGAGGAUGACCUUGACAACAUGGAACUUGACGACAUUGACACCACAGACGUAAACCUUGAUGAUGACUUCCUAGAUGACUAACACACCCUUAUGAUUCAGGCCAUCUGUGUUUAUUUAAGAGACCAAACUUCUUUUGUAUUUCUACUUGAGUUGUGUAAGGCAGUAAAACUUGUUAGCUGCUGUGGUUAUCAGUGCGAAUCACUAAUGCAUCAUGGGUGAUUUCCCACGUGAAUAUUAGCGGGGUGGGGUUAAGGGACACAUUCAUUCUGAAUUUUUAUAUGCUAACUCUUCAGCUCGCCUCCGACAGCUGCCCUUGCCUUUAAGUAUGUAUUUCUUUAUCUAAAUGUAUGUCCUAACUUAGAGCAAUCAUUGUUCAUUCACAGAAAAAAUAAAUAAAACAUUGAAUUAUGGUUUCAA